UUACAUAAAAUUCAAGUGUUCUGCUCCGAAUAUAAUGUUCUACAAUCUUACCUAUUUGAUGAAUGCGUUCCCGUACCAAAGACUAGGAAACGAGUCCCGACGAGCAAGAUCACUUCCCGAGCAUCCAGAUGAGCGGCACUAUGUGCUUUGUAAAGUUCUGAAAAAUGGAGGGUUUGUGCCGCUACCAGCAUCAAGUGCUGCGUAUUUUAAAUUAGCUAAAAAGGAGGAACUAAGAAUAGAUGCAUUUGAAAAUAUGAAGGAUAUCCAUUUUCUCCACGAAAAACAAACUUGGUUUUUUGACAAGCUGGAUGUCAAUUUCGGCAAAGAACUUCUCUACUGGAAUGGUCCUCACAUUGGACAGUUUCUAAUUAUCCGAAACAACUUCAGCUAUACGAUUUGUUAUGUUUGCCAGAUGGAAGACCUCAUGGUAAUCAGGGAAAGAAAAAUAAUAUUUGACAUUAGUAAGCCGGAAAAUGGAUUUCGCUUUUCUCCUAUUGAGAAACCUAAAAGGGACCUUUGUGAGCUUAUAAUGUAUUGGACCAACAAGAAAAAUGUUUUCUUGGGAGCAACAUUGACACGAGGAAUUACAUAUCGAGGACACUGGUAGAUUAUACGAAUUGUUGCACAUUUUCUGAAAGUAAAGUACAAUUGUUUUCACAUAUCGUGUUCGUUAAUAAUGGGUUGAUUUAAAUUAAAUAUCAUGUUAUGUUUUAAUAAAAUCAUUUGUUUUUAAUUUUAUCGAA